AACACAAAGAGAGAAAAAUGAGUGAUGUUCGAGUAAACGCAGAUCAACAAGAAGAAGGAGAACAACAACAAAACCUGGUCAAAGCACCGGUCAAGCGAUCCCUCGGCCUCCUCAUCACCACUUACGGCUGCCUCUUCGUCGGCUCCAUCGCCUCGAGCCUCCUCGCGAAAUACUACUUCGUCCACGGUGGCUCGAGCCGGUGGGUCUCCACGUGGGUCCAAUCCGCCGGAUUCCCACUCCUCCUCGGGCUUAUCUACUUCCCUCGCUUCGUCUUCAAAACAACUAAGCGCCGUCCCUUCACGCGCUUCACACACCGCCAUCUCCUCUUCUCCGUCGUAAUCGGACUCAUCCUCGGUUUCAACAACUUCCUCUUCUCAUGGGGUACCUCGUACCUCCCAGUGUCCACAUCAUCACUUCUCCUCUCGACACAACUCAUCUUCACUCUGAUCUUGUCCGUGAUCAUAGUGAAACAGAAAGUCACUUUCUCAAAUCUCAAUUGUGUUGUUCUCUUAACGUUAAGCUCUGUUUUAUUAGCUCUCGGUUCGAGCCAAGAUAAACCGGCCGGUUUAACUAAAACCAAAUAUUUCAUCGGGUUUUUAUCCACGAUCGGAGCCGGUUUACUCUUCGCGCUCUACCUGCCCGUGACGGAGAGGGUCUACAGGUCCGUUUAUUGCUACGCGAUGGUCAUGGAGAUGCAACUGGUUAUGGAAUUUUCUGCCACGGUUUUCGCCACAAUCGGUAUGGCUUUCGACGGCGGGUUUAAAGAUAUGGUUAAGGAAGCGAACCAAGUUUUCACUAAAGGACCGACGGUUUACUGGACAGUGGCGAUUUUAGCGAAUGUGGUGACAUGGCAGCUCUGUUUCGCGGCCACGUCAGGGAUGGUUUAUUUGACGUCUGGUAUCACCGGAGGUAUCUGCAUGACGGCGUUACUAGCUAUGAAUGUGAUUGGAGGUGUGGUGGUGUACGGCGAUGCGUUCGGCGGCGUGAAGAUUGUGUCGACGGUGCUAUGUAUUUGGGGAUUCUCGUCUUAUGUAUAUGGGAUUUACGUGAAGAUGAAGAAGGAUGAGGAGAAGGAG